AUGGGGUUUGGAAAAAAAUCACGUUCUCCACAAGAUAAGGUUGGAGUUGGGUUUGAAGAAGAAAAAAACUCACGUUCCUCACAAGAUGAAGCACUUUUCUUUACUUUUUUAUCCAUAUUUGUCAAGCAAUCAGUGCCAAAACCGGCUCGGCAGUUAGAAGUUUGGGAAUCUCCAUGUGGAAAUGCGAAUAUUUCUUUCAGUUCAGAAUUAUUUCCAAUACCGACAAACCCACCACUGAUAGACAGUACUCAUAUGAUAACGUCCUGUGUUAUUGUGUUUCGAGAGGCGAAAGCGGCCCUUCAGGACUUAAAGGACAUAUUUAAAAAGGACAAAUUACUUUCAAACGAGGAGGCCUUGUUGAUUACUAACGCCAAUGGUAGUGCUGUAGGAUUAGACUUCCGUGUCUCUCCUCGGUCAAAAAAUCUGGUUUCAGACAUAAAUUCAGAUUAUUCGUUGGUCUCCUUAGCUGUGCUGUACAUAGAAGACAUAAAAAUCAGAGGAAAAAGUACUCAAAUUUACACACACGUAAACCCAAAAAUCCUUACCUUAUACAGGAAAUUGCAGGGCAUUUUGUGUACUUUCCAAAAUUUAAUGGGAAUCAACAGAGCAGAUAUUACAACUUACAUAUCAAGAAGUGAUUUCAGCCUUCCAACAGGGGACACGGCCGAUUUAAUAGAAAGUGACUAUUUGGCACUUGUUCAAAUUUGUAAUCUUAUGACAUUAUUGAUUAAUAAAUAUUCAUGA